AUGUGCCAUUUGGUUCUUUUCUCGAUUUGGCAAGUAAACAGAUUUGUGGUGUCCAUGGUUGUGGGAUAUGUUGUUUGUUUCUUGAGCCAUCUUAAGACACUUUUUUGGGUCCAAAGUGAAUGGGUUCCAUACGACGGAGGCAUGUCCCAAGUUAGAGAUGCUGCAAUAAAGCUUUUUGGAGCAGAUAUUCAUAAUAUCCAUAUCCCCUUUAAGCCAACAACUUCAUUCACAGAUUUACACUCUUUGACUCAGAUUCAGUCUCUGCCUCAACCCAUCAUCAUCAUGAAUGGGCUUGAAGAAUCAACUAAUGAUGAAAUGGGUGUUCCUUUGAAUGAAGAAGUAUGUAGCAAACAGACUGAUCCUCAAGAAGAUGGUAAUGAUACUCCGAGAAAGAUAUAUAAAAAUCCUACACAAAAACUGGUGGAUAAAGUAGCUCAUAGGACAAAUGAGCACAGGAAUGCUAAAAGAAAUAUUGAUCAUCAAGAAAAAGUUUUCAAGAAGCCAGACAAGGUCCUGCAAUGUCCUCGCUGCAAUAGUUUGGAAACAAAGUUUUGCUACUUCAACAAUUACAAUGUUAACCAACCUAGACAUUUCUGUAAAAAUUGCCAAAGGUAUUGGACAGAUGGAGGGGCGAUUAGAAACGUUCCUGUUGGGGCUGGUAAGCGAAAGAACAAGUACUCAGCCCUGCAGUAUUGUCAGAUACCUGUGACUCCUGAUGCUGCAUCUGUGAUCCAGACACAUUCCAAUGCUUCUACUGAUGAGAUGAUUCUCUCAUCUAAUGAACUUUCUGUGACUUCAGGACCUAUCAAAGGAAGAGAUGAAACUCCUCUUAGUGAAUCUUUAGAAACUGUUUUAAGUCUCAAUGGCCAAAGAAAAAUUGAUGUAGACUUUUCCACUAUCAAAGAUGAUGGUGAGGACCCUUCCAGUUCUUCGAUGAGAUCUAAUGAAAUAGAGCAGGUUGGUUUGGCACAACACUCUAAUGGUUUAAUUCCUUUACACUCAUUUCAUUAUCAUGCUGUCCCUUCAUGGUCUUACCAAUGGAAUCCAUGUUGGAAUGUCAAGGAGUUUAGGCCUAGUAGCACAAGUUCUAGACCUGCUUACUCGGGUGGUUCUCCAACCAUGAUGGCAGUUUCGGGCUUCUCCAUACCAACAGUAAUACUACCUGCUGCACCCUAUUCUUAUUCAGGUUUCAUGUCAAGCUUGACUGGCCAAAAGGAAGAAUCUUCGUCGAUAGGAUCUGCAUUUAGUGGCAUCUCAUUGUCUUCUUCUUCAGUUAGCAACAGCACUUGUUCUGGUAAUAGAUCCCCAACCUUGGGAAAACAUUCUAGAGAUGGAAGUACACUGAAGGAAGUUGCAAUGAAACAGAAUCUUUGGGUGCCCAAGACUGUAAGAAUUAAUGGCCCUGAAGAGGCUGCAAAGAGUUCUAUAUGGACAACUUUGGGAACAAAAUCUGAACAGAACAAAAUCAUUAUGAAAGGAAGUGUCUUUAAAUCAUUUGAAUCUAAGUCAAGUGCUGAUGAUAAUCGAAUUCUAAGGACAAACCCUGCUGCUUUCUCACGCUCUGAAUCUUUUCAGGAAAGCAUGUGA